GUCUGCCUACGGAAGCAAAGCCGGUUCUCUCUUUUAUUACCUCUUCUACGAACAUCCUCAUGCUCGUACGGAUGUAACAAAAAGAUACUGAAAGAAUUGGUACUGUUUUCGGUCACUCAAACUCCAACUUCCUCAAGUUCAUUGUCAAAAAUAGUAAAAAACUCAUUCGGAUGUGCAUCACAAUGAUGAUGAAGUGACGUUGAAUAAAAGCGGGAGUCAUACAGGCUUCAAUCUUCCCUCCCGGACAUCUGUAAUAUAUCUUAAUUACGCCAACUCAUGAGAAUGACGCGAGAGGAACACAUAAACGAAGCUCAAGCAGUUACAGUUGACCAGCACUUUGCCGAUCUAGUCGAUGACACGAGUGUUAUUGAUGAAACACCGAGAGCCUUUAGAAAAGAUGACUUACCAGACUGGUAUGACGAGCACUUAUUCAAAGCUGGACAGAAGUACUAUUGCAAUAAUUACAUGGGGUGUACUCUAGGCGCCAUAAGUGGACUCCUCGCUGUUUUAGUUAUUCCAUCGAUCUUGAAAAUCCUAGUAUGGACGAAAAAAAGUGGCACUGCCUGUAAGGCGUUCACUAGGUAUCUCGAGACGAUACUGCAUGUGCGCGAACUGUAUGUGUCUGAUAUUAACGAUCCCAACUCCAGGUUCUGGAAAUCCAUAAAUGUCAUGAGAUAUCUGCACUCCACGAGCAGUCGGAAAUCCAGGAAAGCUGGAAUGGGCGGAAUAACCCAUCGUGAUAUGGCCCUAACACAGUUCGGUUUCAUGGGAUAUGCACUCGUUACACCGACCAAAUUGAGUCUGACGAACGAGAAAGAAGGAAGAGAGGGAUUUACUCAUUUAUGGCGAGUCGUUGGACAUGCUAUUGGAAUCUCUGAUCACCUAAAUAUUUGUCGCAAAAAUGAGGCCGAAACCACUGAACUGUGCGCAAAAAUAGUCAACGAGGUAUUCAGGCCCCACAUGAAAAAUUAUCCGGAGAAAUUUCCAGAAAUGACAAAGGCGCUGCUAGAUGGAAUGUGGUGUAUUAAUCCUGUUCUUAAUUACGAUUCUUUGAUGAGCUUUUGGUACGAUAUGAGUGGAUUGAAAUAUGACAAACCACUGGGGUUCGCUAGUCAAUUAAACUACGCAUACAGAGCCUGCAUCCUGUACCUUAUAGGAACUCCUUAUAUCGGAUUUUUCGUAAGAAAUGCAUUCAAUUAUCACCUAAGGAUUACGUACUGGAUUCUGGAACGUUGGCGAUUGCUCGCAUGGAUCCGCUUCGGCAAGGAACAGUCCAAAAUCCACUUGUACCCGAAAGAAACAAUUAUAGAUUAAUUUACCAUUAGUGUAGAUUUGUACUUUCUGAUUUAUCUCAGUGAUUUCUUUGCACUCCUGACUGUCAUUCAUUAUUGUUGUCAGUCACCUCCAAGUUUUCUACACGACUCUGUAAAUAAAUUAGUUUAAAAUACUACAAAUGAAUCUGUAUAUUUUAAAUAAAGUGGUUCCUUUUGUUCACAA